AACUGAUCAUGUAUUUCUACAGCUACUCUGGCAGCAUUGGGUGCUUUGAAGACACUAACUACAAGAAUGGUCUAUAAUACGAUGAGUGUCAUGUCCUUGCUAUGCCUUACACGCUCCCCCGAAAGAACGUUAGGAAAGCGCAUACAGACUUAUCGUCCCUUCAUAACACUUUCUUUUGUCUUUCUUUCAAAAGAUUAUCUUCUCCAUACCCGAACAAAAAUCUGGUUUCCUAAAGCCCAAACCUGCGAGUAUUCCCACUCAUCGGAAGCAAGAAUGUUAUUGUACCAGAACGCACUCGACGAAGUCCACAGGCAUGUCUAUGGCUGGUUCGUCAACCGCACACCCAUCUCAGGCAUCAAACGAGCACGCCAGGGCGGUGCAGAUGCCCUGCCGGAAGCAAAGCGACAGUGCACCAGCCUCAUGCGGGAUCGCUCGAAGAAGUUGUGCGUGCUGCUUCUUACGGACGGUUUAGACUCAAACCUCAUGCACUUGACACACGCGUGUCUAGACGACUGCGAGCGUAAAAGCAGCACAAUGGAUUUCGUCUAUGACACUGACAGCGACAACGCGCUGUGGAACGAAAUCGAGCCCCUGGACCGAAUCACCUACUUCAGCAUUGGCAUCAUCUACCCUUGGUCUCAAUUUUCUUUUGGUAUCGAUUUCACGGAAGACGGUCAGCCCAAAUUCGAUAUUUUCGGAUCAUACGAUAAAGAUUGCAGCUCUGGCGAGAAGCAUGUGUAUUUGUAUGCUAGGAUGGAGGAGCAUCUGAAGUGGUGGGCGUACAGUCAAGGAGCCUUCUCCAGAGUCUGGUUGCGUGAUCUGUACAAGGAGAUCUAUAGCUUUAAGGCAGAACUUGAGGCUCUAGCUAGACAGGAUGAUUCUGAACACCUUCUUUGACAGUUUGGCUCCGGAGUUGAGAUAUCCAGAGUGGCAGCAGGUCGGAUUGGCUGGUUCGGGCCGUAACGAUCUUCGGGAUCCAUCCCAAAUGACCCUGUCCUUGGGUUGGUCCGUCUGAGAGCUACCAGGCAGCCAUCCAGAUGAAUUCGACGAUUCUCUUGGCUUUUUGCAUGAACGCGCGUGUCGUGGCGAGAACACCGGCAAAGGCGACUCUUCU